AUGUCGCAACCUAGAACCGCACAAAGGAUGAAGGCGGUCCAUGAGGAAGUUGCUAAUGAUCACCCAGAGGAUGAGGAUAGGAAGACACUGGGGGAGAACUUGGGUUGCCAAGUUUUUUUUGGCUCAAGCGCUACAUGUCCUUUGGCUCGGAUUCCAAAUCCGACGAUGAUAUGGAUGAUGAAGACUCAGAAGACAUGCACCAAUACAGGGGACCAAUUCAAGGCAUUGUCUAAAUUUUACCAAAAGUUGGCCCUAGACAUUCAUAUCAUGAGCUUGUGGACCAUGAAGGAGGCGGACUUCAGCAGCAAUGCAAUGAUUCAAAUAGGCUUCUUGAACCUAGUGGUAUGCAAUCACGGGACACUAAAGUACACUAGCACCAUAGAUGAAUUGGCAAAGAGCUUCCAUCUCAACAAAUCCCGUAGCAUACUUCUAUCCUACAACCGCGUAGAGGACCACAUCAACGAUUAUGACUCUCGAGGGAGCCAACUAGAGAACAUCCAUCCCUUCAUUGAGGCGCCGAACAACUGCAAGGGCAAUGAUCUCUGCGGGUUCUAUGUCAUGCAUUACAUGUGCAACCUCAUAAAUGCUUUCUCCGGCUCACGUGUUUGGCCCUCAACACCUUUAGUAAAUUUGGAUGACCUCGGGACAUACUUAGAACUGAAGUGUCAUCUACACCCAGAGCUGACUGAUUUGGAGAUAUUUGGGUUCCAAGAAGAUCUUUCCGGUUUCAUUUUAGACAAAGUCGUGAACCCCAAAGGAGUCCAUCACCUUCUCUAA